CGACAAGACCAGUUGACCUGCGUAGAAGCACAUUAACAACAUUGUGAAAUUCUUUAGUUCAUCGUUGAGAGUUCGGGGUUUCUGAGCCGGGUUCUCAUUUGGACGAGUUUGUCUAUGAAGCUGAACUGGACUGUUUUGGUAGUGUAAGAUUUUGAACCUGUAAAAUGUCUGUUGUAUUUGUUCCUAAGCGGCUGCGCGGAAAAGAGCAAAUCAACCAGGAGACAAUUCAGAGACUUCUUGAUGAAAAUGAUCAGCUGGUCAGAUGCAUCACGGAAUAUCUACAGAAGGGGCGAGCCACCGAGUGUGUGCAAUACCAACAGAUUCUGCACCGGAACAUUGUGUAUUUGGGAACGAUAGCUGAUGCCACCACUGAAAUCCAGCCUGAUAAGACUACUCCUUGUGAAAACAUCACACUGGCAGCAAGCAAAGACCCUUCAGAUGUUUCGGAUCAAAGACAUUAAUGUUCACAUCUAUCCCGACUUUGGAACAUUAUUAUGUACAAUUUCAUUUUUAUUUAAAAUGUGUAAUAAUUGUAUGAAAAGAAACUCUUUAAAACGUUUAUGUAUAUAACCUGGCCCACAAAGACUGCCAUCAUUUGUAAAUGACCACACAUUAAAUAUAUAUGUACAAUGCCUGGCCAAAAACAAAAUAUUAAAGUAUGCAACUUUUUUGGGGGAGCCAAGCAGUGUAUUUGGUUAAUUUGCUUUCAGCUAUAAAGAGUGUAGUACUCUCAACUUUUAACAAUUUAACACUGCAGAUUCUCCCUCAAUAUCCCCCUAUAAAAACACAGCAUGCCCAUUCAUAUCAAAGUAAUACUAAAUCCAGAAUUAGAUAGGCCUAGAAUAGCCUAAAAUGAAAUGUUAGCUUGAGAAAAAACUGGGGGAUUUUGUGGCCCCACAUUUUGCAUUUC